AUGAAGGUAUCACAAGUUCCUCUGCUUCGUCUUCUUCUUUGCCUGAUCUUUGUGAUUGGAUUGGUUGGAGCUACAUUACCAGGUCCAGGUGGUCCAGGUCCGUACAUAGCGACACCACCCUCAGAUUCAUGUGGAGCUAGCGGUUCCAAACAAAGUGCAUCAGCAGUACCAGCCAGGACCAGAAGACCACGACCACCUUGUAGACGUCCGCGACCCCGAAACCCAUAA